AGGCGCAUGCAUUCUCCGCACACCAGGAGAAGACUUCCGCAGUGCCUCAUCAUCGGGGUCCGUAAAGCUGGAUCCAGGGCCCUGUUGAACUUCCUCAACCUCCAUUCGAAGAUCCAGACAGCCAGACGUGAGGUUCACUUCUUCGACCACGACAAUAACUACAGCCAGGGUUACGACUGGUAUCGCCAGCAGAUGCCUUAUACCUUCAAGGACCAGAUCACCAUCGAGAAAUCGCCUUCAUAUUUCGUCGUCAAGGGGGUCCCCGAACGGGUGUACCAGAUGAACAGCACCAUUCGACUCCUGUUGAUAGUUCGGGAGCCAGUUGCUAGGGCGGUUUCCGAUUACUUGCAAAUCAGAGAUGUCAGACUGAACAGAGGGAAGAUAAUGGAACCCUUUGAGACGUUAGCCAUCGAUAAUGAAACAGGAGAAAUCAACCGGUCCUACAAUGCAAUAAAACGUUCGGUGUACCACCGCCAUUUGCAAAAAUGGCUUCUGUUCUUUGAUCUGGAUCAGAUUCAUAUCAUAGAUGGGGACAACUUGGUUAAAAGACCGUGGGAAGAGAUGUACAUGGCCGAGGAAUUUCUUGGUCUUGAACACGAGAUUAAGGAAGAAAAUUUUGUUUUUAAUUCGACGCGGGGUUUCUUCUGCACAGUGUUGAAUUCACAGCAGCAGCACUGUCUGUCCCAAGGUAAAGGUCGGCCACACCCAGCCAUUGACAAGAAUGUUUUACGGAAACUGAAGGAUUUCUUCCGUCCUUUGAAUGAGAAAUUUUUUCAUCUAGUUGGUCAAAGCUUUAAUUGGUGAUUUGUCCAAGAUGCCAGUGUGAAACCUGCACAAGUGGCCACCUGUGUUAGGCAGCCAUCUGUGUUAAGCUGCCACCUGUCUUAGGCCAUUUACCUUUUUCUCAAUUCAUCUAAUAUUUGCCAGCUUUAUCCUGCAAAAAUUAAAAUGGUUAAUG